GUACAUACAUACUUGCACGCGGCACACGGCUGGUGGUCGUGGCGUCGAUUAUAAAGAAAUAAACGUUAACUGAUUGUCAAGUUGCUAUAAUUUCGUUACAAUUUGAUUCUACACAGUAUUGGUUGGUUCAAGUCUAACCUAUAAUUUUAUCAUUCUAUCAAUACAAUGGAUAUUCGGCCAAAUAAUACCAUUUACAUUAAUAAUUUAAAUGAGAAAAUUAAGAAGGAGGAAUUGAAGAAGUCGUUGUAUGCCAUUUUUUCUCAGUUUGGUCAAAUUUUAGACAUCGUGGCACUAAAGACUUUAAAAAUGCGGGGGCAAGCAUUUGUUAUUUUCAAAGAAAUUGCCAGUGCAACAAACGCAUUGAGAUCUAUGCAAGGAUUCCCAUUUUAUGAUAAACCAAUGAGAAUACAGUAUGCCAAAACGGACAGUGAUUUAAUAGCAAAAAUGAAAGGUACCUUUGCAGAACGACCGAAAAAGCCUAAAAGAGUUGUUCCUGCGGCAGAUGAGGAAGCGAAAAGGGCUAAGAAGAGGGCAAAAGAACAAGCUAAACAUUCCCAACAAAUUGGAUAUCAUCCUGGCCUACCUCAACAUCCAGGAUUGGCAAACACAACUGUGCCUGAACAGCCACCUAAUCAAAUUCUAUUUUUAACUAACUUACCAGAUGAAACCAGUGAAAUGAUGUUGUCUAUGUUAUUCAAUCAAUUCCCUGGAUUCAAGGAAGUGCGUUUAGUGCCUAAUCGACAUGACAUAGCAUUUGUUGAAUUUGAAAAUGAAGUUCAAUCAGGUGCAGCAAAAGACGCUCUUCAAGGAUUUAAGAUCACCCCGUCGCAUGCAAUGAAAAUAUCAUUUGCUAAAAAGUAAUAAAUUUAAGGAAUCAUUGAAAUUAAUGAAAUUAUUGAAUUUGUUGGAGACAGAUGAACACUCCCAUGUUCAUUUGUCUCCUCACCCGACACCCCAAACCCUUAAAGUGUUUUUAAUGGCGGGUUUUAAUUUAAGCAUAUUUUACGUUUCAAUGUAAGUCUUAAAAUGCUUCAAGCUGUCUCAAGUAUGUUGUUACCUAAUAUCAUGCAAAAGGUAACAUACUUUCCAUUGCAUUCAGGUUUAACUGACAUUUUGUGCAAUGUCAGAAGUAUUUGUCAGAUGAAAUUAGAGUGUACUCGUGUACAGUACUUUCUCAUUAUAUCUUGAAAGAAAAAUAAAACUAACUGGCUUGACACGUAGUCGACUUGAGUAAACUGUCUUAAACCAUUUUGAUCUUUUUUGUAGUCUUUAAUUUAAUAUUCAACAAAGGUUGUAUACCAAUAACAAAUGCUACUCUUAAAGAGUUUGUAUACUAAAAUAUAUAUUUUUAUAAUUUAAAUUUUCUCAGUGUCAAUGCAGAAGUAUUAAUUUUCAUACAAAAUAGAAAUUGUAAGUAAAACAAUAAAGAAUCACGUAUUAAGAUCUUUAACUUCAAAA